AUGGCGGCGGCGUCGGCAGCUGCUGCGGCGUGCCGCAGGGCCGUCUCCAGCACCCUCCGCGGCCCGCCGAUAGAGAGCCUGGCCGCGACGGCCGCGUGCGCCGCCGCCCCCACCGGCGACCAGUUCGUGGACCUCCUCGACGCCAACUUCAACAGGCCGGCCCCGCCGCCGCCCCCCAAGACGCGCACGGAGAACAACUCCCCGACGUUCGCCACCUCGGGCGACCCCUGCCUCGACUUCUUCUUCCACGUUGUCCCGGGCACCCCGGCCGGCACCGUGUCAUCGCUCCUCGCCAACGCCUGGGCCGCCGAGCCGACCACCGCGCUCCGCCUCGCCUGCAACCUCCGCGGCGUGCGCGGCACCGGCAAGGCCGACCGCGAGGGGUUCUACGCCGCCGCGCUCUGGAUGCACGGCUCCCACCCCGCCACGCUCGCCCUCAACGCGCGCCCCGUCGCCGAGUUCGGCUACCUCAAGGACCUCCCCGAGAUCCUCCACCGCAUCAUCCACGGCGGCGUCUCCACCAGGAAGCCGGGGAAGCAGGCCCGCCUCGCCGCCGAGGGAGGAGGGCUCGUCGCCCGCGCGCACGCCAUCCCCGCCUACGCUCGCUUCGCCCGUUUCCGAUCUCGUACGCGUACGCCGCGCCCCGGCCGGAGGAUUGAGGUGUCGGGGCUCGCGCGCCGCAACAAGAAGCGCACGAGGAGGGCGCGCAUUGCUGCCAGCCAGAGGCGUGAUCUGGAGGAGGCCGCCCAGGCCGCCGUCGCGCGCAGGAAGAAGCGCACGGACGCCGCGGCGACGGCCGUCCAGAGGUACACCCGCGACCAGAACUACCGCCUCCUGCACGACAUGACGGCGGAGGUGUUCGCCGACCUUCUCGCCGAGGACCUGAAGAAGCUCGCGGCAGGCAACAUGGAUCUCUCGCUGGCCGGGAAGUGGUGCCCGUCAGUCGACAGCUGCUACGACCGCUCCACGCUCAUCUGCGAGGCCAUCGCGCGCCGCCUCUUCCCCAAGGGCUCGGCCCGCGAUCUUCCCGAGGACUUGCCGGACGCGCACUACGCCUACCGCGUGCGCGAGCGCCUCCGCAAGGAGGCCUACGUGCCGCUCCGCCAUGCCCUGAAGCUCCCCGAGAUCUUCAUCUCGGCGGGCGAGUGGGCGAAAGUGGUGUACACGCGCGUGUCCUCCGUCGCCAUGAAGAACUACAAGGAGCACUUCGUCUACUACGACCAAGCGCGCUUCGCCCGCUACCUGGCCGACGUCGAGGCCGGCAAAGUGAAGAUAGCGGCGGGCGCGCUGCUGCCGCACGAGAUCCUGACGUCCGCCUACUUCGACCCCGAGGUCGCCAACCUGCAGUGGAAGCGCACGGUGGACGACCUGCUGGCGCUGGGCAAGCUCAACAACUGCCUCGCCGUGUGCGACGUGUCUGGCAGCAUGUCCGGCCUCCCAAUGGACGUCUGCGUCUCGCUGGGCCUCCUCCUCUCGGAGCUCUGCGACGAGCCGUGGCGCCACCGCGUCAUCACAUUCAGCAUGCGGCCGCAGCUGCACCACGUCGUCGGCGACACCCUCUGGGAGAAGGCCCAGUUCGUCCAGCGCAUGGAGUGGGCCAUGAACACCGACUUCCAGGCCGUGUUCGACCAGCUCCUCCACGUGGCCGUCGCGGGCAAGCUGCCCCCCGAGAGCAUGGUGAAGAAGGUGUUCGUGUUCAGCGACAUGGAGUUCGACCAGGCGUCGGCCAGGCCGUGGGAGACGGACUACGAGGCCAUCACGAGGAAGUACACCGAGGCCGGGUACGCCGACGCCAUACCGCAGAUCGUCUUCUGGAACCUGCGCGACUCGAGGUCCGUGCCGGUCACGUCGGAGCAGAAGGGGGUGGCGCUCGUCAGCGGCUUCUCCCAGAACAUGCUCAAGCUCUUCCUCGGAAAAGAAGUCGCCAUGACGCCGAGGUCCGUCAUGGAGAAGGCCAUCGCCGGGCCGCUGUACGAGAAGCUCGUCGUCUUCGACUGAUCGACUACAAGCCCCGGCCGUGCUCUCUGAAUAAUCAAUCGGGUGUGGUAGUUUUUGUUUUCUUCAGCGUAUUUCCUGCUCUCUGAACAAUUUGCGUCGAUUUUGCUUUCAAACCUAGCUAGUUUGUUAUCGAAUAAAUCCUGUUAUCGAAUAAAUCCUAUGUCAUGUCUCAUGGACAGGCGUUUGGAAAUGGACACGAAUCUCGUAAUAAUUCCAUCAUUUCGCUGAAAUUUUGCUGUGCUCUCUGUCUCUGGUGUGGUCUGAGCAAUUUCGUAAUUUCUACCACAGAUUGAUGAUUUUGACAUGAUUCUUGUCUGGAUCCAAACUACUCCCUCCGUUCCUAAAUAUAAGUUUUUUUUUAAGAGUUUCUACUAUUCUGGAACAGCUCGGAAGCUCUGGUCCAAACCUGUAGGCCGCUCGUGUUGGGACGAAAGAAUUCCGGGCGAAAGCUUAGACCUGACUAUGUUGGUGCUGUCGACGGCAGCGCUUUCGUGCGUCGUUUCCCUCUUUGCAGGCAUCGUCAUGGGACUCAUGUUCCUCUACAAGGAGCCUAGGCUCUCCGGGUGAAAAUCCAACCUCUAGAUAUUUCCAGGAGCUGGCGAUGGUGAUGUCUUCAUCGUUUCACCCCACUAAAUAACCCGUUGCGCCCAUGGCGCAAAGGCCGAGAUCAAGCCAAUUAUUGAAAGAGUGUGCAUCAAAAUAUGUAGACACAGAAGGAAACAUAUGAAAAUAAAGUACGGAUUGAUGAUAGUCAUACGGACAUGAUUGUCAUAUUUUUUUACAUAAAAUCCAGAAUGAUACCAAAUGUAAAAGUCUCGACAGGUACUUGUAGUAAUACCAAGUUACAUAGCAAAGGACUACUGUGAUAUGCUUAGAUUGGAUAGACAAUCAUGCAAAGGCCCUUAGACGUGCAUUUGAAGGCGAAAGCAUACACACACCCUUUCUUCAUGUUUGCCUUAUGGAAGAAGCUGCUCCAGUUCUUUGUGAGUGUAGCCCUGUUGUCGACGCCCUUGAUAAAGCGGGCCAUGACACUUGUGGUCCCGUCUCCUAUACUGAUUGGUUGCUCAUCAUGAACAGCAUCCAUGUGCGGAAGAGGCUUUUCUUAGAAAAGUGUGUGCUGAAGUACUGCAAAUGAGGAUAAAGGCUAUUCAGUAUAUGGUUUGUCGGCAUGUUCUUGUAGGAAACCAAGAAUGCAUUUGUUUAAGAUUACCAUUCUUUUGCCGUCAGUAGCAAAUGUUUCUGUCAUGUGGCAUACGUAGUAAUGGUAAGGUGUUUUCUUGUCUUUGAUGAUAUUUCGCAGAGUGCAAACAUUUUUGCUAUACAACUUAAAUGUAUUUCCCCACACAUAGUGGGCAGCGAACUCAUCUAAGUACCACUCACCGGGCUUGCCCGCCAAUUUACACAGAACUAUAGUAUUUAGUAUUUGUCGGAGGAGUUGCUGCAAACAGGAAAGUAAUAAGAGUUUUUACCACGAGUAACGUAUUUUCCAG